AUGUCUGCCUUUCAGAAACCCCCGCAGAUGGCCCUGCUAGACUAUAGUGCGACACGAUCUGUUCAUGAAGAUGCCGCUGCUUAUCCCUCGUAUGGUCAGGCCUCGUAUGUGAACACCCCGCUUGUCCCUUCCCCCAUGGGAGAUCAGGCAAGCCAGGUGUCUGACUGCGUGCCAUACCUGGCUAGCGGGGACUAUGCCAGUUCUUACGGCGAUGCCAGCUCUCCCAUGCUUGGUGGCGAUGGUAGCACCCCUAUGCCGGAGGUCGUUUCAUACACCCCUCAGCGAGGCUGUGAAGAUACCACUGUCUUCGUACAGAUCCAGUCCCCUUACGACCUUCAUUCCUCGACAGUCCCAAUAACUUUGUUGUUUGGUUCUAAGAGAUGCGAGUGUAUCCCCCACCUUCUCGGCACCCAAGGCUCGUUGUUCCAGUAUGCCAUCUCCGCUCAAGCUCCGCCCUUCAUUUCUACCGGAUGUCCUUCGUUCGCGGUACCAUUGCAAGUGGUCAUCGAUGGCCAACCCUCGACCACGCUCCAAGUCGGCGUAUAUACAUACGAACAAGUUUCUCAAUCCUCGCCAUCGGAUGCAUCGCAGAAGAAGCGAAGGAUCUCUUCCUUCGAAGAUGAAGACAUUUCCCAGCCUAUCAAGCGCCUCGCAGGACAUCCGAUUGCCGCCCGAGACUCACAGCAAGACGUAUACCCGUAUCAUGAAAGUCGAUCAGCAUCAUUCUCGCCCUAUCUACAGAGCAUUCCCGCUGUGAACGGCUUUGCGGCGCCUUACCGCCCCGCUUCCUCGCCCAGAGUGAACUCUCUUCAAUAUUCCAACGUGUCGGCGACACCACAGUCCGGCUUUCGAGCUCCUUCGCCAUUGAUGUCUUCCUGGAGUCCCUCCCUCAUGUCAAUGUCUAGUGACAUUCGGAACCCCGCCCUCGCUGCCAGCCACAGCCUACGUCCGCCUCAGACACAUUCUCCUUCGACAGGGGCAACCCCCACGUUGAUUCGAACCUCAACUUUGCACCAAUCUAGUGGCUUUGGGCAAACGCAGUCCUUCAACCCCUACGCGAUGUAUCCGACCAAGGCAGUUCUGAAGCUGAAUGGUGACCUUGACACAAUGGCGGAUAACUGGACCCGAGAUGAACAUGAUGCGAAGAGACGCCUUGUUCAGUUCACCCGUGUCCAGAGUGGUAGCACCAUCCACGCUGACUUUUCCCCAGUCGCCCCGGAGAAACGGGCGCCCAACAGUAUCUGCAUCAGCUGCAUAUACUGGGAAGGCAAGGAUGAGUGUUUUGUGACCAGCGUCGACACCAUCUACCUGCUCGAGUCGCUGGUCGGGGUGCGGUUUACCGUGGAGGAGAAGAAUCGGAUUAGAAGAAAUCUGGAGGGAUUCCGACCUCUUACAGUUUCAAAGGCCAAGGCAGACAGUGAAGAAUUCUUCAAAGUAAUUAUGGGCUUCCCAGCACCGAAACCUCGCAACAUAGAGAAAGAUGUCAAAGUGUUCCCAUGGAAGAUCCUUGGCCAUGCCCUGAAAAAGAUCAUUGGGAAAUACGUGAGUUCUAUCACCAAAAUCUACUUGAAUCCAGUAACUGACUUAUCUCGACAGUCUGCCAGCUACUCGUCGACUGCUGCAGCUUUGCCAACCUCGAUGAUGUCAAACUAUGGCCCUGGUUCCGACUCAGGAACAGAUCCCCAAAACGCGGGGUCUCCCCAGUCCGUCUCAGACACAGCACCCUCUUAUGGCCCUACCAUGGUUACGUCAGCCUAUUCCUCUCCGGCAAACAUCCCCAUGACGCCUAUGACAGGGAAUUCCGACUACCGGGCCGUCCUUCCAGCUGCUAGCCAACCCUUCAACUCGAUGCCGGCUCCAUACACGUACCCUCCUGCUGCCUGUCAGCAGACUCAAUACGCGCUUCCUGCGCCUAUCAACCGGAAUCCCUCGUGGGAUUACAACGGUUUCGUCAACAACCCGGCCCCAGUGAGUGCGUCUUCGAGCAAUACUUGCUAUAAUUAUAUGGCUCCGAUGUCGUAUCCCUUGACUGAUACGUCAAAUGGAGCGUGA